UUCUAACCUCUCAAAGUCUUAAACCUUUUUAUUCUUCUCCCUAAAAUAAACAAAGAAGUACAACAAAAUUUUCAGGACAGAAAAAUAUGGAGAGUGACACAGUCACAAACACUUCCCCUAUUUCCCCUCAAGUUGUGAUGAGUCCAUGUGCUGCUUGCAAGAUUUUGAGGAGAAGAUGUGCUGAGAAAUGUGUGUUGGCACCUUAUUUUCCUCCCACCGAACCUGCCAAGUUCACCAUUGCUCAUCGAGUCUUUGGUGCUAGCAACAUUAUCAAGUUCUUACAGGAACUUCCAGAGUCUCAAAGAGCAGAUGCAGUGACCAGCAUGGUUUAUGAGGCUGGUGCAAGAAUAAGAGACCCUGUGUAUGGAUGUGCAGGUGCAAUUUGCCAGCUCCAAAAGCAAGUGAAUGAGCUUCAAGCACAAUUAGCUAAAGCACAUGCUGAGCUUGUAAACAUGCAACUCCAACAAGCCAAUCUUAUGGCUCUAAUUUGCAUGGAAAAAAUGGUAGAAACUCCAAUGCAGGAAUCACCACCACAGAAAUCAGUGGAUAACUUCUUCAUUUCAAGUCCUUCCAGCAGCAGUGACUAUCAAAAUGAUCUCAACUUCUUUGAGGAGAAUAUUACUGGCCUAAACUCAUUGUGGGAGCCUCUUUUGACAUGAACAGAGAGAACACCAAAUAAUUAACUUAAAUAAGACAUUUCAAAAGUGUUUUAUGACAUUCUUCUAAGGAGAAAGAAAUCAUUAGAGCUAAUAUACAAAAGUAGCUAGAACGUAUUUAAUGCAUAAUUCCAUCUAUAUGAAGAAGAUUUUGGAGAAAUUACUGAUAUGUUGGAUCUAGUCUUUACACAGACUAGGCAGAGUAAAUUGGUCCAAAAUCACCCUAUAAUCCCUAUAUGAAUUAAAAAAUUUAGAUGGUUUUUCAUGACAUGAAAUGUAAUCAUUGUAAUAUUCAAAAAAAAAUUUAGAGGAAAUGUUUGUGUGGGCUAAUUACAUUUCGGAUCUUGAACAUCUUCUUGGUCACCUACUGUAAUCAUUCAAAAAUUGAUCUAUCAUGAAUGCCUAAUUCUUUGUCAAAGG